AUGCCCGGUCGAAGCCCACUGACCCCGCCCACAUCAGGCGCAAAAUCCAAGAAGAACAAGAAGAAGGCCGCCAAGGCGAAGGCCAACGAGGAAAAAGCAGAGAACGAGCACCACGAAGAGACUUCGACAAACCAUGAUCAUCCUAUCAAUGAGAACCCCCAUGCACCGAGCGACGAUACAAUAGAAAACCCGCAAGACGCUGGCGCCAAACCGGAUACAACAGACAGCAUGGAUAAGCCGAAUGAGAACCACGAGCUUGCUGUGACUGGCGACACGCAAAGUCCCAAUGACCAGCAAGACCCCGCAGCAGCCGACCCUGAGCCGAAAGACCGGUUUGACGCGCUUGUCCGAGAUCGAGAUUCCUUACGGGCCGAAGUGACCGACAUGCGGAAGUCACUGGAGGGGAUACAGUCCAAACACCGAGCAGACAUGGAAGCCCUGCAGCAGAGGCUGGAUGACGCAGAGAGCAAGAAGGAACAUGCGGAGACACAGUACCAAAACCUCUUGGAACGAAUCAACACGAUAAAAUCGCAGCUCGGGGAGCGACUCAAAGAAGACGCCGAGGAAUUGGCCCAGGCUCGAUCGCAAAUCGAAGAUCUCGAGGACGAGAAUAGCAACUUGAAGGCGCAGCUCGACACCAAGUCCUCCCAGCUGGCAGUCCUCUCGGGGGAAUCGGCCCAGAAAUCAAAGGAGCUUUCCUCUCUCCGGGAUCGAACAAGCUUGUCCCAGCAGAAUUGGAUCCAGGAGAAAGAAGAGCUCCUUGAGCAGGAGUCGUACCUUCAAUCCGAGUUUGAACAAGCCAAGGAGGCAAUGCAUAAUUGGGAAGUUCUUGCGAUGGAAGAGCGAUCCAUUAGGGAGAAUCUGGGUGAGAAAGUCGUUGAUCUAGAGGACCAGCUCAGCAACUUGAGAGAGGUCUACGAAAGAGCCGCCGGCGAACGCGACAGCCAACACUCCACUGUGGAUGGCUUGCAACGAGCCCUACAGGAGAUUCAAUCAGCACGGAAGCAAGAACUUCGGGAGCUGGUGGAGAGCUCCGAUGCUCAGCUGGAGGAGCUGAGACGUUCCCUGCGGGAGGCGCAGAGGCAAGCCACCGAUGCUGACAAAAGCCUCCAAACCUCUCAAGAGGAGCUGGAGAGAGUCCGGCCAUUUGAGAAAGAGGUGAAGGAGAAAAAUCUGCUCAUCGGCAAACUGCGGCAUGAAGCCGUCACGUUGAAUGACCAUCUCACUAAAGCUUUACGUUUCCUCAAGAAGGGGAAGCCCGAGGACAAUGUCGACCGUCAUAUUGUCACCAACCAUCUGCUCCACUUCGUUGCCCUGGAUCGAUCCGACCCGAAGAAAUUUCAGGUUCUCCAGCUCAUCGCAGCACUGCUGGGUUGGACAGAUGAACAACGUGAACAGGCAGGUCUUGCCCGGCCCGGGACCUCGACUGGGACCGGGAAGCUUCGCGUGCCUGGUACUCCUCUGCGCACACCCAGCACUCCAAAUCUCGCCACGGAAUUCAUGGACAACGGGGCCUCCGGCAAGGAGACGCUGGCGGAGCUAUGGUCGAAUUUCCUCGAGCAGGAAUCCGAAACCGAUCAUCUGAACACCAUGAGACGGGACAGCCAUCCGGGGCCUUCGCGGAGCUAA